AUGCGAGCGCUGGUCCUGAGCAACGGACUGCAGGCCAUCCAUUUCCGCCGCCUCCCUCCGCCUGUGGCUGGAGGCUCUCCGGCGCUCGCCGCCGCCCCCAAAGGGUUAACCAUUCAUUCCGCCAGUCCGCGUCGCAGCCGGGCGGGCUCGGGCUCGACGGCGCUGUCCACCAAUGCGGUGCUGAAGUGGCGGGCGGGCGGGCGGGCCCUCCCUCCCUCCCUCGCCGGCUCACCCUGCCAGCCAAAAGUAGUUGGAAGUCCAAGCGGGGUGACGAUGAAGACGCGCGAGGGCGGGAACGGCGGCGGCGCUGCUCCUCCUCCCAGGGCCGGCGCGCUGCCGGGCCCGCCGAUGCCUUCUGCCGGAGGAGGCGGCGGGGCUGCCCGCUGCGGGGCGCGCUCGGCCGCUCUGGGGCUCCGCCGGAGCUGCGCGGGGCGCUGGGGAGCGCUGGCGCUGCUGCUGACUUGUGGCGCGGCGCUGGCUCCGGCCCCCCCCGCCGCCGCCGGCCAGCUGCGCUACGCGGUGCCCGAGGAGCUGGAGCACGGCGCCUUCGUGGCCAACCUGGCCGAGGACCUGGGGCUGGACGCGUCGCAGCUGUCGGCCCGGCGCUUCCGCCUGGUGUCCCGGGCCGGCGGCAAGCAGCACCUGGAGGUGAACCUGGAGAACGGCAUCCUCUUCGUCAACGAGAAGGUGGACCGCGAGGCGGUGUGCGCGGCCGGCGGGGCCUGCUGCCUGCACCUGCAGUUGGUGCUCGAGAGCCCGCUGGAGCUGCACCGCGUCGAGGUGGAGGUGCUGGACGUCAACGACAACGCGCCGCGCUUCCCCUGGCCCGAGUACGUGCUGGAGGUGAGCGAGUCGGCGCUGCCGGGCGCCCGCUUCCCGCUGGAGAGCGCGCACGACCCCGACGCCGGCGCCAACGCGCUGCGCACCUACCGGCUCAGCCCCAACGGCUUCUUCUCGCUGGCCGUGCAGGCGCGCAGCGACGGCAGCAAGUUCGCCGAGCUGGUGCUGGAGCGCAGCCUGGACCGCGAGCAGCAGCGCAGCCACCGGCUCGGGCUGACGGCGCUGGACGGCGGCACGCCCGAGCGGUCGGGCACGGCCCGGGUGCUGGUGGCCGUGCUGGACGCCAACGACCACGCGCCCGUCUUCGCGCAGCCCUCCUACAGCGUGAGCCUGCCCGAGGACGCGCCCCCGGGCGCGCUGGUGCUCCGGCUCAACGCCACCGACCUGGACGAGGGCACCAACGCCGAGAUCGAGUACUCCUUCAGCGGGCACGCGCCGCCCGGCGUGCGAGAGCUGUUCAGCGUGGAGCCGCGCAGCGGGCAGCUGCGGCUGAAGGGCCCGCUGGACUACGAGCGCGCCCGCCUGCACGAGCUGUACGUGCAGGCCAAGGACCGCGGCCCGUCGGCCGUGGCCGUCCACUGCCGCGUGCUGGUGCGCCUGCUGGACGUCAACGACAACGCGCCCGAGCUGAGCCUCACCUCGGUCUCCGCGCCGGUGCAGGAGGACGCGCCCCCGGGCACGGUCAUCGCCGUCAUCAGCGUGCUGGACCGCGACUCCGGCGACAACGGGCGCGUGAGCUGCGAGCUGCCGGCCGGCCUGCCCUUCCGCCUGCAGGCCGCCUUCCCCAACUACUACACGCUGGUGACCACCGAGCCGCUGGACCGCGAGGCCGUGCCCGCGUACAACCUCAGCAUCACGGCGCGGGACUGGGGCUCGCCGGCGCUGGCCACCCACCAGAACCUGACGGUGCAGGUGUCCGACCUCAACGACAACGCGCCCCGCUUCCUGCAGCCCUCCUACAGCGUCUACGUGAUGGAGAACAACGCGCCGGGCGCCUCCAUCUGCGCGGUCAGCGCGCGCGACCCGGACUGCGAGCAGAACGCCUACCUCUCCUACUCCAUCGCCCAGGGCCAGAUCCAGGGCAUGCCCGUGGCCACCUACGUCUCCAUCAACGCGGACAGCGGGCACAUGUACGCGCUGCGCUCCCUCGACUACGAGCAGACGCGCAGCUUCCAGGUGCAGGUGCUGGCCCAGGACGCCGGGCUGCCGCCGCUCAGCGGCAACGCCACGGUGCACGUCUUCGUGCUGGACCAGAACGACAACGCGCCCGUCAUCGUGGCGCCCGUGCCGCGGAACGGCUCGGCCGCCGUGCAGCUGGUGCCCCGCUCGGCCGACCCGGGCUACCUGGUGGGCCAGGUGGCGGCCGUGGACGCGGACGCCGGGCAGAACGCGCGCCUCUCCUACCGCCUGGCGCAGGCCACCGACGCCAGCCUCUUCAGCGUGGCGCUCUACACGGGCGAGAUCCGCACGCUGCGCGCCUUCCUGGAGCAGGACGCCCCGCGGCAGCGGCUGCUGGUGCAGGUGCGCGACAACGGGCAGCCGCCGCUCUCGGCCUCCGUCGCGCUGCUGCUCUCGCUGGUGGACCGCGCGCCCGAGCUGCUGUCGGACUUCGGCCAGCUCCCGCGGGGGCCCGAGGCCGCCUCGCCGCCGCUCACGCUCUACCUGAUCGUCUCGCUGGGCUCCGUCUCCUUCACCUUCCUGGUGGCCAUCCUUAUCCUCACGGCCGUCAAGUGCCGCAAGGACCGCCUCACCCUGCCGGGCUACGGCUGCUCGGCGGCCCCGUGCCGGGGCGGCGGCGGCUGCUGCUCGUGCUCCUGCGACCCGCCGGGGUCCCCUCCAGACGCCCUCAAGAACUCCAACCACCUCAGCGCCCAGGCCUCGUCGGGCAGCAAGGCCGCCAGCCACGGCGCCGAGGGCGGGAGCGCGGCCGCGCCCCCGGGCUACUGCUACAAGGUGUGCCUCACCCCGGAGUCGGCCAAGAGCGACUUCAUGUUCCUGAAGCCCUACAGCCCGGCCCCGCCCAGGAACAACGAGAAAGCCCCCGAGAGCUUGCCCCCCGGCCCCCGCCUGGCCAACAACUCGCGGCAACCUCCCAGCCAGGUGAAACAGCCCAAUACAGACUGGCUGCCAUCUAAACAAUCAACACUGAAGAGUUCACAGAGCCUAGAAGAUGUAGGGGGAGUUCGGCGAGGAGUCCAGAAAGAACAUGAUCGGUUGCGCACUUUGGUCACUCCAAUCUCUGAACUCCAGAAGGCAUCUGGGACCUCCAACACCAUCUGGACCCCUCGGUAUGCCCCCCAGUACUCGCAGCAUAUUUCACCUCUGGAUUACCAACACAACGUUUAUAUUCCUGGGACCCCAACCAUGCCUGUCAAUAAAGAUGGGCCACUCUUUCUGGAUCAAGAGGCCAAGAACAGCUUCUCUACUUUUGGGAAGAGGAAGAAAAUGACCACCUAUUGUGAUAUACAUGACAACAUGGUUAUUAACAAUAACCUGAAAUAAUGUUUGCUCUUUGCCAGUAGAGGGUGCAGAAGAUGUCUGGAUGCAGUCCAUUGUGCUGGUGAAACUAGAAUGAGAUUUCUGGUUUCAACCACGUGCAGUGUUAUGCUUAGUAAAGUGGCUCAGAGGUCUUCCAUACAAGCUGCCGUCUUUAAAAGCUUGGUGAACUGUGAAAGACUAUGAUAAUAAAACACCAACUGUGGCAAUUGUAAUUUGUCAUGAAACUGGAGAUAAGAGCAAACAGAAAGCAAUUGGUUGGUAGCUCUUGGAAUGAGGGAAGAAACAAAAAAAAUGCAGACAAAAUUCUUCCUGUUUUAUUUGAUUGGUUGCUUUGAGUGGAAGAUACCACAUAGCUGGCAAUUUGAUUCAGGCCAUCCAACGUUAACUGAACAAUUUGUCUUAAAUUACAGAACAAAAUAGAUCUCGAGGGUGGGAGGAGGUUAGAGGAAUGAUGUCUGGAAGACAAAGCAGCCAUGCCUUGCACACUUCAAUACUUCUCUUAGCAAGAGCUCCAUUUUGU